AUGCCAUUGGGAUGGACACUAGAUACUGUUGACAAUAGGAUGGAAAUUCCAAAAAGGUAUAACUUUGCAAUGGAGAAAAGUUUUGACAACAACGGAAGAAAAGUUGCUUUUGUGGGUCUUCAUCUAUGGCGUUCCGAUUUCGGAAGCAUUCUAAUACCACAGUGGCGACCUACGCCCAAUCUUUCUGCAUCCAAUCAAGAUUGCUAUUCGGAGUUCCAUUUUUCAUCCUAUGGGCUGGCGCUUUGCAUUUUCUCUGCCGUUGGGCGUUUGCUUUCUCCUCUUCAAUGUUCUUCUUCCAAAUGGUAAGCUUCGCAUUUCUUUUUUAUUAUUACUGCAGAUCGAUAAGCUCUUUUUAGGCAUCUUAUCCUGCUUUUAAGUGCACAUAUACGUCUCAACUCUCAAGUCAUUGGUGCUCAAAUGAUCAGAGUAUAUAAUGAAAUUUCUGAUUACAAUAUGAUCCAUUUCUUUUCUUAUUUCAAAUGCAGAAAAUGGAAUUCUAGUUUUACUUCAUUCAUAUCCCCCUGUAGUAUAUUCAGGAUUCUUUGAAGCAAAACUCAAUAGCCAUUUUGAUAAUACAUUUAGC